CCCCGGCGUUGCGUGCCGCGGGAGCCGCGCCGGUACACAUUCCGACCGCACAGGAAAGAGGGAUCCACCAUCUUGGUAGAGGCAGAAGUUCCAUAGAGCUGGGACAGUAAAGGGCGAAAGGAACAGCACACCGGAAGGAUGGGGAGAACAUGAUGGACCCAGGAGAGGAAGGGGAAGAGAGCUGAGGAGAGCCCAGCAGAGGAAUGGGAUAGAACAUAAUGAAAGGGAGAGACACAGUAGAUUGACAGCAGGUCAGGGAAAGGAUAAUCUUGGAGACAAAAAAUGAAGGUGAAGCAAGAAGGUUCCUGGCCUAGUGGAUGAGGGGAAGCUGUAGAUGUGAUUGAUCUUGAUUCUGAAUCGGCGGGGCCCCAUUGUGUUAGGGGCUAUACAGACACACUGUAAAGAGUCCAUGCUCCAAAGAGCAUGCAGUCUAGUUACAGGACCAAGGGCAUCCGGCAGCACACAGGGAGGGAGGGAGCAGAAAAGCACAGCCCAUUCUGAGAACUCACUGGCCUGAAAGUACUCACACUCGCUUACUCUUUCUCUCUCACUCCUUGUGCUGCUGCGGGCUCUUUAGGCCUCCCAGGCCUUGGGUGGGAGAUCACUGUCAAGGCAAAGGCAAAACCUCAGCCAUUGGCACUGCAGGAAAAAAGGAACUAACGAGAGAGACAGGCAGGAGGGAGGCUUUGCUGCAGGACCAGAUGCUGCAUUUGGGAGUGAGGGGUUGCCCUGUUUUAUCAUUUUGCCAGCUCUGGUUUUCAGAACUGGCACCAGGAAUUGGGACCAACAGGUAGGGGAGCACAGCAGGCUGUAUAAAGAAGAUAAAGUUUUCCUUUUGCAGGCACCUCCAGUCAGUUUUUAAACAGCAGAGAGAAUCUAACAGCCUUGAAGACUUCUGCAGUAUCGCACACAGCAGUAACCAUGCUACAGAGAUGAAAUGAUAGUGAGUCUCGCCAGUGUAUCCCAUGGGUCCCACACAGCUUGCUGCACAGGAUCAUGGGAAAAGGGUGGCAAGUGUAUUUGAAAUGGAGGAGGAAGGGUUUUCACUCUUCCAUGGCUCGGAGAUCCCCCCCGAGCAUGCAGAAAAUCCACCCCUGAAGCGGAAGAAGGGUCCAGCCCCCAAGAUGCUGGGGAAUGAAGUGUGCAGUGUAUGUGGGGACAAGGCCUCAGGCUUCCACUACAACGUGCUGAGCUGCGAGGGCUGUAAGGGCUUCUUCCGCCGCAGUGUCAUUAAGGGUGCCCAGUAUGUCUGCAAGAACGGUGGCAAGUGUGAGAUGGACAUGUACAUGCGCCGCAAGUGCCAGGAAUGCCGGCUGCGCAAGUGCCAGGAGGCAGGCAUGCGGGAGCAUUGUGUUUUGUCCGAAGAGCAGAUCCGGCUGAAGAAGCUCAAGAAACAGGAGGAUGAUCAGGCUCGGACAGUGGUUGUGCGCCCAAGCCCCCCAUCUCCGCCCAACACCCCCUAUAAACUGACACCUGAGCAGUUGGGCAUGAUAGAAAAGCUUGUGGCAGCUCAGCAGCAGUGUAACCAGCGCUCAUUCACAGACAGGCUCAAAGUGACGCCAUGGCCUCAGGCUCCAGACCCUCAUAACCGUGAGGCACGGCAGCAGCGUUUUGCUCAUUUCACUGAGCUUGCAAUCAUCUCUGUGCAAGAGAUUGUGGACUUUGCCAAACAGCUGCCUGGCUUCCUGGAGCUCACCAGGGAAGAUCAGAUUGCUCUGCUGAAGACAUCCACCAUAGAGGUGAUGCUGUUGGAGACAUCCCGGCGCUACAAUCCAGAGACUGAAAGCAUCACCUUUCUGAAGGACCUGAGUUAUAAUCGGGAUGACUUUGCCAAAGCAGGCCUGCAGUUCGAGUUCAUUAACCCUAUCUUUGAGUUUUCAAAAGGAAUGAAUGACCUACAGCUCAACGAUGCUGAAUAUGCACUUUUAAUCGCCAUCAACAUUUUCUCUGCAGACCGACCAAAUGUGCAGGAUCAGUGCCUGGUGGAGAGACUGCAGCACACCUACGUAGAGGCCCUCCAUUCUUACAUUUGCAUCCACAGACCAAAUGACCAUCUGAUGUUCCCUCGGAUGUUAAUGAAACUGGUCAGUCUUCGGACUCUAAGCAGUGUCCACUCCGAACAAGUUUUUGCCCUUCGACUACAGGACAAGAAACUCCCUCCCCUGCUCUCAGAAAUCUGGGAUGUGCAUGAGUGACUAUGUGCUUCCAGGGCACUGACGUGCUGAAGUAACACCACUUCCCAUCCCUUGCUAACAAGAAGCCAGCCUCCCCUCUCCAAAGCACUGAACUAGGGGCUGGGCUGGGCAGUGCAGAGUGAUGAGCCUGUGGUUUCUCUGAUGUGAUGAGACUGUGCAUAAGGCAUCUGGGAGAGAUCAGAUGUUUUUGUAAUCUUUGAUUUAGUGCCUCCUAGAAAUGGGAUCAUGUGUGAAACACCUGAAAUUGGUAAAGAUGAACAUCCCACCCCAAAUGUUUCUUCAAUGUCUGUCUUUUUUCUAAGUAUGUGUUCUGGGGUUUUGCCCCACCUUCCUUUCCCUUCUCAUUAAUUUUGAAAGUGAAUUUGCAGGAACUUGUUAAACGUUCACUGAGAGCAUCCUAGCCCCAAAGGCUUCCCCAGGGUUCUUAGGCAGGGUCCCCUGUGUAUGUGGACUUGAGGAACUCAGGGAAGCUUAUAUGGAUGUGCUGGGGGUUUUCUUGUAUUCCCUGUAUUUAAAGUCUCUGUGAUGUGUUGCCCUUCACAAAGAUUCCCAGAGAAGAGACUGUUGGUCGCAUUCCCUCUUUGUGAAGCUUCAUUUCUAGAGUUGUCCUUUCAUUCUGGCCCUCCUUGGGCAAGUAGAUCCCUGGAAUGUGCAGUGCCAUUUACUGAAAGUUAUUCUGUGGACAUCUUGUAUGUACCAUAGAGAAACUAUGGAUCAUUUAGCUGUUUUUUUAAAACAAGAUUGCCUAUCAUUAUAGUAUCUUUUGGUUUGCUAGCAGGUGAAAGCAAUAAACCAUGGAAUAGAUUUUGUGUUGGGGUUUGUGGAGGAGAAGAGAGAGGAAUGGAAGCAUCAGUGUCGGGGCAGUAGAGGUGAUGGAAGUAUAUCAAGAACCAUGAAAAUUUUAGUAUAUUUAGUGGGUUCCAGUGAAACUGAAGAUUAUCAGCUGGGGACAGAGAAUGCACUGUAUUUAUAGCAUAUUAGCAGGCAUUGCCUAAUCUAUGGGCUGCACAACUCUCUCAGAACCCUGUCUGCAGGAAUAUUGAGCAUAACCACCUCUGUCCAAGUAUUCUCCCUUAUGCUAAAGGACUUUCCAAGUGUAUGGUCAUUUGUUAGUGAUUAGUGGGAUGUGGAGGUAUCUCGGUAUGAUGAGUACCCUUCUGCUCUUGUAUAUGAAACAGGGUUAAAAAAAGAACUAGAUAAAUUCACGGAGGAUAGAUCCAUCAAUGGCUAUUAGCCAGGGUGGGCAGCGAUGAUGUCUCUAGCCUCUGUUUGCUAGAAGCUGGGAAGGGGUGACAAGGAAUGGAUCACUUGAUAAUUACCUGUUCUGUUCAUUCCCUCUGGGGCACCUGGCACUGGCCACUGUCCAAAGACAGGCUACUGGGCUAGAUGGGCCUUUGGUCUGACCCGGUAACGCUUUUCUUAUGUACUUCUUAAAUCCUCUCCUUUCUACCUUGUUCAUGGUAAGACUCACCAGUGACCCCUUGGUCCAUAAGUAUUUUAGUAUUUAGAGCAAUAAUUUGUUUGACAAAACAGAAAAGUGUCAUUGAAAAAUGAGUUUCUCAUUCUGCAAGAAAAAACAAACAGUAUUUGAUCCCAGUUAUGUAACCCCAAGUCCCCUGGUUUCAUGUAUUUUGUCUCUAACAGGGAUCUAUGUUUGCUUGCCCAGUGAGCAUCCCGAGAGGCUGGGUUCACAAGGCUCAUAGUUUUGGGCUGUGUAUGUGAGCACCAGGCCUGUGGCAAAGGCUUUUUGUCCAUUUUGCACUCAAGGUUGGUCCCCUGCCUCUAGCCUUCAUUCUGCACCUUCGUAAAGCACUUGUAAUAAUCUGUAAAAUAAUCUGUUAUUUUUUAUAACUUGUUGCAAUUGCAAAAUUUCUUGUUUAAAUCUGUAUUUUUAACUAAUCUGUCUGAGAAAUGUUAAUGUUUAUACAAAAGAAUAAAGCCUAAUACAGGA